AUGACCGUGGUAGGAGGAGCGUUCCCAUUAUCUCUCAUCCUCUUCGCCGCUAUCAUUCUCCACCACCACACUGCGGCGCUUCCACUCUCAGUCAACUCACGAUGGAUCAUCGACGAUCAAAACGGUGGUGAGAGGGUGAAGUUGUCAUGCAUCAACUGGGUGAGCCACCUUGAGUCGGCGGUCGUGGAAGGGUUGAGCAAACAGCCGGUUGAUGUGAUCUCGAAGAAAAUUUUGGCGAUGGGAUUCAAUUGUGUGAGACUCACGUAUCCAUUGUUCUUAUUUACAAACGAUUCACUGGCUUCGACGACUGUGAGAAAGUCGCUGACAAAGCUGGGGUUGCCGGCAUCCGUCGCCGGAGUUCAAGUCAACAACCCAUCCAUCGUUGACCUUUCCCUCAUCAAUGCUUUUGUGAAAGUGGUUUCAAACCUCAACAAGAACAACAUUAUGAUAAUAUUAGACAAUCACAUAAGCAAACCUGGAUGGUGUUGUAAUGAUAAUGAUGGUAAUGGCUUCUUCGGCGACCUCUACUUUGACCCUGAAGUGUGGGUCAAAGGUAUUAAACGAGUUGCCACCAUUUUUAAAGGGUAUACCAAUGUGGUCGGUAUGAGCUUGAGGAAUGAACUUCGUGGGUAUAGACAAAACAUCGAAACAUGGUACAGCUACAUGCAAAAAGGUGCGGAAGGGGUACAUUCGGCAAACCCUAAUGUAUUAGUCAUUCUCUCGGGUCUAAGCUAUGACCAAGACUUAUCCUUUCUUCGUGACCAACAUGUAACCUUAUCAUUUACUAAAAAGUUGGUUUUUGAGGUUCAUUGGUAUGGUUUUUCAGACGGUGAUGAUUGGAUUACUGGUAACGCAAACCAAGUAUGUGGUCGAAUCACCGACAAAAUGACAAAUCAAGCAGGGUUUUUACUAGACCAGGGUUACCCUUUGUUUGUAAGUGAGUGGGGUGUGGAUCAAACCGGCACAAAUGAGAAUGAUAAUAGGUAUUUGAAUUGUUUCUUAGGUUGGGUGGCUGAACAUGACCUUGAUUGGGCAUUAUGGACUCUUGUUGGGAGCUACUAUUUAAGGGAGGGUGUGGUUGGAAUGGAGGAGCUUUAUGGUGUUUUGGAUUCGAAUUGGUAUGAACCGAGAAAUUUAAGUUUCUUGAAGAAAAUUUCACCUAUUCAAUCUUCGUUUCAAGCACCUGAUGGUUUAUUAGGCGCCGAACAACAUAAAAUCAUCUUCCAUCCAUCUACUGGGCUUUGUAUACAAAUCCACUCUAUGAAGUUGGCCCCAUGUUCCAAUGCACAGGCAUGGGAGUACACCCUACAAAACAUGUUGAUUGUGAAGGGUACAAAUUAUUGCCUACAAGCAAAUGGUGUGCAUAUGCAAGUGAAAUUAGGCACAAUGUGUACAAAUAUCUCUUCAAAAUGGGAGGCUAUUUCAUCCUCUAAAAUGCACCUUUCAUCAAAGAUUAAUAAUGGGAUUAUGGUUUGUCUUGAUAUAGACUAUGAAAACACGAUUGUUACUAACAAUUGUAAAUGCUUAAACAACGACAAGUUGUGUGAUCCUGCAUCCCAAUGGUUCAAAGUCAUCAACAGCACAAGUGUGGAAGUUGCAAAACCACUCAUUUUGUUAGAUUCCAUGUUGGAUUCGUCAAUGUGAUCUUUUAGAAAAUUCUUGAUGAGGAGAAUAUAGAGAGUAUCGAUCAAGUUUGAUAAAUAAUUACUUAUUUUUAUAUGUUGAUAUUGUAAUGUAAACAGGGCGCGACUAGUAUAUCAUAAGGUGGAUCCUUUGAUCCACCCAAUUUUUCAACA